CUGUGAGAGUGAGAGUUGAUGCUUUGAAGCAGUUCGCAGAGCAAAAAUAAAAAUGCUUUUACAAACAACGAAUUCAUCUCCACUUUCUCAUUCUCUCAACUCGAGGCGCAAGAAUCUCUCUCUUCAAGAUAUCUUUCACCCCUGUAGUGCAACAAUUUUGAUGAGCUCCAGAGCCGGCCGUGGGAUAAACGUUACUAGAGUUUGCAACUUACAGAUACAUCGAAGGGAAUUGGCUAAGGAUUCUUAUAGCCUGGAAAAGUUUGAGAAUUCCUUGAGGAAGCUUUUGACCAUUGAGGAGAAUUUAGUUGUGAAAAGGCUAAUAACUCAGGCAUCUGCACUAUCAUUUGGAUCCAGCUCGUGGUUGAUUUCUGCACAAGUGGCAAACGCGGGUGAAAAUGUCAGAACGGAUGCGAUUUAUGAAGUUGGGGAAUUAUUUGAAUUGGGAAUUCAGCUAUCUUAUCUACUUUUACUAUUAGGUUUGCUUGGACUUGGUACCUUCUUUGUGAUUCGUCAAGUCCUUGUACGUAGAGAACUUGACCUUUCUGCUAAAGAAUUACAGGAACAAGUGAGAAGUGGUGAUGCCAGUGCAACUGAGCUUUUUGAACUUGGUGCAGUGAUGUUGAGAAGGAAAUUUUACCCGGCUGCUACUAAGUACUUACUUCAGGCAAUCGAAAAAUGGGAUGGAGAUGAUCAAGAUCUCGCCCAGGUUUACAAUGCUCUUGGUGUCAGUUAUGUACGCGAUGGAAAGCUUGAGAAAGGAAUCACUCAGUUUGAAACUGCUGUGAAGCUCCAACCUGGCUAUGUGACAGCCUGGAACAACCUUGGUGACGCCUAUGAAAAGAAGAAAGACUUGAAGUUAGCUCUCAAGGCUUUUGAAGAAGUGCUGCUUUUCGAUCCUAACAAUAAGGUGGCACGGCCUCGACGUGACGCAUUAAAGGAUCGUGUGAAACUUUACAAAGGAGUCCCUGUCAAAUCAAAAGAAAGAUGAUUUUGUCGCGGAAACACCUUCUCCCACCUAAAUCUUUUGACCAAAUGAUGCAUGAAGACAAGUAUUUGCAAUCUAGCGUACUCUCUUCCAGGACAAACAUGAGUACCUCCUCCAAAUGGAACAUAUGAAUAAGGAAUUAUUUUAUUCCCUUCAAAUCUUGAUGGGUCAAACUUAUCUGGCUCUGGGAAAUAUUCUGAGUUUUUAUGCGUGGCAUGUACCGCUCGAUGCAACUGUCAAACAUGAAGGAAAAAUGGCCGAUUAGUUUCGAAAAUGCAA